GCGAUAUCAAACUACAAAUAUUGUUAUUUAAUUUGGCUUUUUUCACUUAAUGUAUCACAGGCAUAUCGAUAAUAUGUCUGCAUAUUAUAGAAAUCUGUUUCUAUUUUUUUAAAUGGAUGCUUAACCAUUAGGUGUUAUAUGGAUGUGCCGUAAUUUAUUUAACUGGUCCCUCCAACUUUUUUUUUUAAACAACGCUUCACUGAUUAUCCUUGAACAUAAAUCUUUGCUCACUCACAUGAGAAUUUCUAUAGGAUAGAUUCUUAGUGUGAAAUUUCUAGGUCAAGCUUAUAUACAUUUACAGUUUUGAUAGAUUUUGCCAAAUUGCCAUCCCAAAGACUAUGCCAGUUUACACCUCUACCAGCAGCAUAGGCAAGUAUGACACAUUAUUACCAUCGUCUCUCUAGCCUAGAAAUCAUAUGUUCUUCUAAAUACCUGUCCCUCUCCUUUCCAUCGUGUUCUUAGAGGGUUAUGGAAAGUGGAGUGGUAUUCUCCAUUUUCCUCAUGGAGAGAACCACAGAGUUCAACUGGGGCUAGAAUCCAAGUUUCUAAUUCCUACUCAGCUACGUUGGCCCUUUUCUUCCUAAAGCUUUUGAGCCCCAGUAAAGUCUUAGAUGGUAGAUUAAAACUGGUAAUCUUGUAUAUUCCUCAUUCAUUCACCUAAUUUUUAUGGGGCGCAUAUCAUAGCCAGGCACUCUGCCUGGUUUGCUGGGUUUGGGGUUAUAUCAGUGAAUAAGGGAGACAUAGUUUCUGUUGCCCUAACAGGGUUGGCAAGCCAUUGGGAAAGUCAGAUAAUUAAACACCCAGUGUCAUAAAAUAUAAUGAGCAUUGAGAGAAGAUGUUCAGGGGGCAGGUGUUAUGGGAAUACAUGGCAGAGGGUCUGGGAGUCGUGGGUGACCCUCAGAAGUGACCUUUGAGCUUAGACUUGAAGAAGAGUAGGACUUGAUGGCUGGAGUCGGGGAGGGGAAGUGUGUUCCAGGGGUAUUGGGGGUAGAAUGGUGGGACUUGAUGGUAUAGUUAGAGGAAAAGGAAGGAGUCUUGCAUCAGUCCUCCAUUUCUGGCCUGGGCAGCUGGGGGAGACAGUGAUGCCAUUUACUGAAAUAGGGAACUUAGAAGGAGGAGCUGCCCAGGGAGGAGAUGUGGAGUUCAGAUUUGGACGUGGUGAGUUUGAAGUGCUGCCAGUGAGACAUCCAGAUAGAGGUCAGGACUCAGGAAGACAGGUCUCAUAUGGAGAAAGAUUUGAGAAUCAUCAACGUGGUCAUAAUAAUUAUUAUUAUAUUUCUUAUAUCAUAGUUGUAUUGUUGUUAUAGCAGCUAACUCCAGGGUACAUUCUGUGUGCCUGGCUUUAUUCUAAGAAUUUUUUAAAAAAUUUAUUUAAUUAACUAGUUUAUUUAUUUUUUGGCUGGCAUUGGGUCUUUUUUGCUGCGUGCAGGCUUUCUCUAGUUGCGGCGAGCGGGGGCUACUCUUCAUUGCAGUGUGCGUGCUUGUCAUUGCGGUGGCUUCUCUUGUUGUGGAGCACGGGGCUGUAGGUGCACAGGCUUCAGUACUUGUGGCACAGGGGUUCAGUAGUUGUGGUUUGUAGGCUCUAGAGCACAGGCUCAGUAGUUGUGGUGCACGGGCUUAGUUGCUCCACGGCAUGUGGGAUCUUCUCGGACCAGGGCUCGAACCCGUGUCCCCUGCAUUGGCAGGUGGAUUCUUAACCACUGCGCCACCAGGGAAGUCUAAGAAUUUUAUGCACAUUAACUUAUUUAAUCUUCACAGUAACUCCAUGAAGUUAUUACUAUCCCCAUCUUACACAUGAGGAAAUAUAGACAGAGAUUAACUUGCUUAAGGUGACACAGCUAAGUAAGGAGACAGCCUUAAAUCUAAAUCCAGGUAGUCUGAUCUUACACCUGUGCUCCUACCCAUUAUGCUAUAGUGUCUCCACCAUAAUUGAAGGCAUACGAACAGGUACGUCCUCCUGAGGGAGAAUGUUGAGCAAGAAGAGGAUGUGGAGAACUUUGCCUUUUAGUUUAUAUCAUCCUGUGUAGUAUAAUUUUUUUUUUGCAAUAAGCAAUGUCCGUGUGUCACUUGUAUAAUUAAUUUUUGAAAAGAUUUAUGCAGAACCAGAGCCGAGCCAGGAUUAGAAAGUGUGUUGGUUCCAUUUUUUUCCUCCUUGGUUAAGUCUGUCCUAAUCCCCGGCCUUUGUGCUUGUCAAUAGCGAUGAUUCCUAAGGUUGUAAGGUAGAGGCAUAAGAUAUCCUCUGCGUACUUUAAGUCCAGAACAUGUAAGAAGUAAUGAACACUGACUGAAGUGAAGUGAGCCUCCUUCCUUGCCCACAAGUUCCUUUCAACAGCUCCUCCUCUGUCAGUAAAACUUCUAGUGGACGAUGUGUCCAGCAGUUCAGUGUUUGUGUCUCCACAUAAGGAAGACUGAGCAUAAGACAGAAAACCUGACCUUGGGGAUGCUCCUAGGACCAGUUGUCCCAUCUUUCCCCGUGGGGAGCAGCGUGCAGUGUGGCCUGGGGUGGGAAGAGACCAGGGCCACCGACUGCCCCGUGCGCCUCUGCAGGUGUGUGACGACUGCGUGGUGCUGCGUAGUAACAUCGGGACAGUGUACGAGCGCUGGUGGUACGAGAAGCUCAUCAACAUGACCUACUGUCCCAAGACCAAGGUGCUAUGCUUGUGGCGUAGAAACGGCUCUGAGACCCAGCUCAACAAAUUCUAUACUAAGAAGUGUCGGGAGCUGUACUACUGCGUGAAGGAUAGCAUGGAGCGUGCUGCCGCCCGACAGCAGAGCAUCAAACCCGGGCCGGAGCUGGGUGGCGAGUUCCCUGUGCAGGACCUGAAGACUGGCGAGGGUGGCUUGCUGCAGGUCACCCUAGAAGGGAUCAAUCUCAAGUUCAUGCACAACCAGGUUUUCAUAGAGCUGAAUCACAUUAAAAAGUGCAAUACAGUUCGAGGCGUCUUUGUCCUGGAGGAAUUUGUUCCUGAAAUUAAAGAAGUGGUGAGCCACAAGUACAAGACACCAAUGGCCCACGAGAUCUGCUACUCUGUGUUGUGUCUCUUCUCAUAUGUGGCCGCUGUUCGUAGCAGUGAGGAAGAUCUCAGAACCCCACCCCGGCCCGUCUCUAGCUGAUGGAGAGGGGUUAAGGCUGCCCCAGCCCCGGGGCCGUCCCUUGCCUCUCGCUGUUCCCAAGUGCACGAUGCUGCUGUGACUGCGAAGUGGGUGACGCGUGUGUGUCCUCUGCAAGCCCCCUCGCUGAGGCUUAGAUGGGUCCCAGUUCUGUGUGUCUCAGUGUCUUAGUGUGUCUCACAGGGCUGAGCUAGUCUCUUCCAGCUUCUUCCUCUCCACCCCCAAAAGACCAUCCUCCUGUCCCCUCGGGGCGCAGAAGUACGUGUGUGUCUGUCUGUUGGGCCAACGGCUUCUUAAGAACUCGGGAGUACAGGCCAGUGCGAGCCCACUAUUACGUGUCAUUGAGACAUUUGUGUUGUAGUUUCUCAUCCUUGACAUUAUAACCUUCCAGAGCAGGACUUGGGCUCUCCGUCCUCUGUGAUCCGGCACCACUAGGUGCCUGGAGCAGUCCCACUAUGGGGAGUUGAGGGCAGCUUGAGGCUUGUCCCCCCAGACAAGGGGUGGGUGGGGAAAGGAAGGGGGGAGAGUCAAGGGGCAGCAGAGCGAGUGGCAGCCUCCCUGCUUCCUUAGUUCCCCCGGGAACUUCCAGGCAGCUCCCGAGCUGGCAGCGACUGCCCGUGGGCACAGGCCUGGCUGCUGCUCCCAUGGUCGUCUCCACCACUGCAGGGGGGCUGCACUGACCGGCUGCUGUUUGCUGAGCAGCAGUUUCCUUGUGGUCUGCGUGGCCUUCGGCAGGGGAGAGCAAAAUGACUGGGGCUAGGAGAGUCCCAGGGACCACAGGCUGCCGUGCCCAGGGACCUGGUGGUGUGGGGAGAGGCCAAGUUCAGUAUCGACCUCUGUGUCUGCGGGUAGCAUCGCAGCACUGGCUGCCAGAGGGAGAGCGCCUGGGAGUGGGCAAGAGAUGACUGUAAAUAUCUCAGCUGCACAUUAUUUAUAGAACAUGUACAUUUGUGUGAAUGUGAAAUAAAGGUCCUUA